CGGGCUGUUGCAGUCAGGCAGCAUCAUGGAGGCUGGAUGUGUGGUUGCCGCGGUGAUUGAAAAUGCUGCCUCAGGACCCCAGGGUGAACCAGGAAGUAGUGACGUCCUUGAGGGAGAUGCUCUACCAUCUACUGACCUGGACAAAGACGAUGCCUUACCCCAAGCCACCAACAAUAAUCCUCCAGAAGAGAAACAGCCACAGGAGACAUCCACUGCCAUGGUGAGGACUGAUGAAAUCACAGAGCACCCAGCCGAGCCCCUCCUGCGCUCCUGCGUCAGCACGGCUAGCAUGAAGGUCAAGAACAUGAAGAAGCUGACGUUCCCCAGAGGUCACUUCCCUAGGUUGGCAGAGUGCGCCCAUUUCCACUAUGAGACUGUUGACUUUGGCAACGUUCAG